AACUAAACGAACCAUGGCAAGUCCUGUUGCCCUCAUUACUGCCGGAAGCGCAGGCCUCGGUGCCGCCACCGCAAGGGCUUUCGCAGCCAUGGGCCUGAGAGUUGCCAUAAAUUAUUCGUCUGAUGAAUCUCGAGCCAAUGCACUCAUCUCUGAGCUAGAAACUACCCCAUCGAUAGGUUUCGGUCAACGUGGCGUGAAAGACGGGCCUAGUAACGACAGAAGAUUUGUUGCUAUUAGAGCUGACGUCUCCUCUCGCCCCGAAGUUGAUAAGCUAGUAUCAACUACAAUUCAAGAAUUAGGCCGGUUAGACAUUGUGUUUUCAAAUCAUGGAUGGACAAGGUUGACAAACUUUUCGAAUCUGUCAGACAACGUGAACGAGGCAGAUUGGGAUAAAUGCUGGAACAUGAAUGUCAAAAGCCAUUUGUGGUUGUUCAACUCUGCAAAGGGCUAUCUAGAGCAAAGUUCUAUGAAAGGAGGUGGUUGUUUUAUCACCACCAGCUCUGUCGCUGGGGUUGGCGUAAUGGGUAGCAGCCUGGCUUAUGCUGUCACAAAAUCAGCGCAGAUUCAUUUGUCCAAGUGCCUCGCCUCUAUUUCUGGCGCCAGUAACAUUCGAGUAAACUCCGUCUCACCAGGAAUGAUGAUGACAGAAUGGUCAUCAUCGUUUCCCGAAAGCAAGCGCAAUGCUGCUAUUAAAAAGACCAAGCUAGGUCGGUUGACAGAGGUUGAAGAUGUUGCGGAGCAGGUGUGUUCAUUCGUGAAAAACUCAAGCGUUACAGGAGCCAAUGCUGUGGUUGAUUGCGGGUCUAUUCUCUGA